CGCUAUAUGCGCUAAACGGGCCGCUUAGGCAAACACACACACACACACACACACAAACCAACACAUAAUUACAGUUGUAUGUUUUUAAUCUUAGCGCUCAAGCUCGUGGGCAGUUUAGAAAAACAGAGAACAUUCAGUUGACAUUGUUAGUUAAUAACGCGCAGUUAUCAGAACGGCCUGAAAAUGACGCUGGCGUUGACCCAAUUUCCGAAGAAUCGUGUUGUAAUGCUCAUAUGGGGCUUCACCUUGCUAAUGCUGUGCCAUGUGGAGGCGGUGACCACGCCCAAUAAUGCACAACCAUCGAAAGUGCAGGCCGGCGGCAGUACAGAGCCGCAGGCGAAAAUCCAGACUAGUGUCAAUCCUCAGCCACAGGUUAAGGCACAGUCGAGUGGCGUCGUUCCGCAACCAAGUGGAAUUCCGCUUCCCAGUGUCGCUCCACAGGGCAAGGAUACGACGACGAAGCAGACUAAGUCGCAGGCAAAGCAGCAAGAUCCCAAGUGCCUGCAACCCCUGGAGCCUGGUCCGUGUCGGAUGAGUCUGGAGCGGUAUUACUACAAUAAACAGAAGAAUGCGUGCGAGACGUUCAAAUAUGGAGGCUGUCGAGGCAACGACAACCGCUGGGGCUUCCGGCAAACGUGCGAGGAGGCAUGUCUGAUAUGAGGGAACUGAAUCCAAACAGAAUAGCCAUUACACAUUAAUUGUCGACUGUUAUUGUUUUUGUUUUAUUUGAUUUUUGAUUUUUUGUUUACACCAGUGCUGUGCGGAAAUAAAUAUGCAUGCGCGUA